GCUGUUUUUAGGGUAGUGUGGCUGCACCCUCCUAUUAAUGUCUGGUCUAUCUGUCAGGAUAAUUCCAUAUUCCAUAAACUGGCAUAAGUUAAAUAAUAAUUACAAAUAUCUGAAAUAGAUGAGCAUAUAUUAUAGGCAUAGAUAAAGGAGUAAUUAUAUGGGUCUCUGGGACUUGUUUGUUUUUAUGAUGUUGGGCACGGAUGUUGGGUUUAAUACCUGUUCUUACAGGACCAUAUAGGACAUUUAAAAAGAAUUGAAUUGUAAAGUAUAUAAAUUUAGAAAUGUCUGGAGGAAUGAAUAAUGAUUAUUAUGUUGCAUUGGAAUGUAAAGAUUUGCAGGCAAAUGCUAUGUCCAUCGAUUCCACAGGCACUUUUGUUUUAUUGGCAGGACGCAGGUGUAUAGCUUUAAGAAACCUCGAUGAAGAAUAUGAAAAUAUUAUAAAAUUUCCUAGACAAAGUAAAUAUGAUGUUGGCGCCGCUGAAUGGAAUCCUACAUCACAUAACAAAGAAAUAUGUGUUAUAUCUAGUAAUGAGAGGCUUGAAGUUCUUAGCUGGAGAAAUGAGUCACUAUCGGGAACAUCUUCAUUGCGUGCUCACACUCGUGUCAUUACUGAUAUUAACUGGCAUAGAUCAAAUCCAAGUCUUUUAGCAUCUUGUUCAGCAGAUACAUUUAUUCAUUUAUGGGAUAUUAGAGAUGCUAGGAAGCCUACAUUAUCUCUUUCGGCAGUGGCUGAAGCAUCCCAAGUCAGAUGGAAUCGGAUAUCUGAAUAUACUAUUGCAACAGCCCAUGAAGGGGAUAUUAAGGUUUGGGAUCAAAGGAAAGGGACAGCGCCCAUUCAAUAUAUAGCAGCACAUGUGGGUAAAAUAUAUGGAUUAGAUUGGAAUCCCAAUCGUGAGGUUCAAAUUGCUUCAUCAAGCCAAGAUAGUACUGUAAAGUUUUUUGAUACAUCAAAUCCGAGAAAAGCUGAAUUCGUUUUAAAUACAAACGCACCAGUCUGGAGGGCAAGAUAUACGCCUUUCGGAAAUGGACUUGUCACUGUAGUUGUACCGCAAAUACGGCGAGGCGAAAAUAAUCUACUUCUGUGGAAUAUCGGGAAUAAAGCCACACCUAUGCACACUUUUGUGGGACAUCGAGAUGUGGUUUUGGAAUUUGAAUGGAGACCCGGGAGACAAAACGGUCCUAAUUUCGAGUUAAUUACUUGGUCGAAAGAUCAGACUCUUUUGGUUUGGACCAUAGAACCGUUCUUGCAAAAACUGUGUGGACACGAACCCGAUGAACUUAUCGAUUAUGAAGAUACUAGUUCAGGUGCAGAAGAAAAACAAAACUUGCCGAAGAUUCCAGUCCUCCAACAAGAAUUCUCCCUGCUCAACGUACACAUAAUAAAUCUGGAAGUUAAAAAUAUGAACGUCAAUACGAGGACAGUAAAUGUAACGUCGAAGGUUAACAAUUUCACCGUUAAUCUGCAAGUUACGUUCCCUAGCAGUUAUCCGCAUGGCGUACCACCCGUUUUCCAAAUAAUGUCGGGUUCCAACGUGAACGAUUCAGUAAGCUCGCAACUGAUGCACACUUUGAAGCAUCUGGCUCAACAAAGGGUUUCGAAAAAUCGAACGUGCUUGGAGCCUUGCCUAAGACAAAUGGUUACCACCCUAGAGCAGCUAUCGAGCGAUAUGGAUAGCGAUCGAGCUUACGAGAGAUACGCGGAGCCCAGUAACGUCGAUCACAAUGAUGCGUACAUCCCAUUUCCGAGAACGUCCGGGGCAAAAUUCUGUUCUGUAAACGCUUUGGUGUGUUUCGGGAGGCCGAGUAUUACCAGAAGGUUGGGAAAUAAGAACGAAUCGACCAGUACGCCAAGAGCCCUGUCUGCCCUGGAGGGGAUGUUAGCAAAGCGGUCCACCGAUUAUAUGACGGUUUCUGCCUAUUAUUUUCAAAAACAGAAACUAAAGUAUAGAACUAAGCAAUCACUAGCAAAAUCUUCUAAAGCGAUAGUUCAUAUUUAUGACGCUACUAAUUUGUUUUUGAUCAAUAAGCAGUUAGCAGAAGAUUAUAUCUUAGAGGGUGAUAUUGCUACAAUAUGCAAGUAUAAUGCUGGUGCAGCUGCUGUAGUCGGAAGAAAAGAUUUAGUUCAAGCUUGGACUCUUGCCGAAUUAGUUCUAGGAGAAAGGCGUGCCGAUGAAGAUCGAUUAUGGUCAUCUCAUCCUUGUGGAAAUAAGCUUAUAGUUUCUCUAAUUCGCCAUUAUGCUUUACAAUCGGACCUUCAAAUGGCCGCAAUGUUAUGUUGCAUAUACGGAAAAGAACAAGAGAGUUCUUUAAGAAGAGAAUCGCUAAAAUGUUUAAUGUCACCUAUGUUACUAGGACCCAGCAAAAGGUGGUUAAAGCCUACAGGAUCGCCGUACCACACCAUACCACCUGCAGAUAUAGUAGCUGAUGGCUGGCUUCCCUUUCCAAAAAACACACGUUCCACUUCGCUAGAUAACCUCAAAGUAUUAAUUGUCCCUCCAAAACCACUGAAGACUCCUUACGUUGCCGUGUAUGAAUAUUAUAAAAUGGCGUACGCCGAGACUCUGCAAAGAUGGAAGUUGCCGUAUAAAAGAGCCGAGGUUAUGAAGUAUAUGUCUAGUCCUUUAGAAGUUCACAAAGGUGUAGAAUUCAAGAGCGAUUGCAAAAUGUGUCAGAACCCAACAACUUUUUCUGUCUGCAAUACAUGCAAGAAAUUUCCUAUACAUUGUGUCAUAUGUAAUAUUUCAGUAAGGGGUUUGGCCAACACGUGUCUUGCUUGUGGCCACGGUGGACACACUGCCCAUCUAAACGAAUGGUUUAAAACUAGAAAAAUCUGCCCAAAAUGUGGUUGUUCUUGCUUAACAGAGACUGCAAUUAUCGUGGAUUACUUACGUUGGUUGAAUUCAAUUUAGAUUGGAAAUAUUGUUAACGUAAAGAGAGUAUAAGAAUGAAUUACCUAGCAUAGGUAAUCAAUUUAGAUGACCUAAGCAAAUGUUUUUUAUGUGAGAUAAUGAAAAUCAGUGUUGUAGAUUAAUUUUGUAAUUGAAAUAUACAAUUUUGAUUUA